AAGAAAGAUCUGCAGCAUCUCUGUAGCAAACGGGGGACUUUCAGCGCUCACAAACAAACACCCCCUACACGAAGACAUUCCGGAUGUCUGCGCGGCUCAGUCUCAUCUUUCACUCUUUUCUCUGGACUCUCCGCUUCCUCCCCUCCGCAGUUUGACGGAGUCUCUGUCGGGCUGAUGUCUCUGUCAGCUGCCGGGCCUCGUGUUUGCGCUGCGGAGGAUGAGCGGUGAUUUCCCGAAGCUCGGCGGCGGCUGCACGCCUCCGGAGCCCGCGGAGGAGCAGAUGUUCUGACGGAAACUUUUUCUCCUCGGAUGGAAGGAAGACGCUCGGAGACAAAGCGGCCGCCGCGCCGCGGGGCGGAUUUUCACUCUCUGUUGACAAUGGAGGAGCCCUGACUUUGACACUGAGCAGCACAAUGUCUUGGGGGGAGUUCAUUGAGCUCCGUGACCUGAGGUCGAGAGAGCAGAUAGAGCUGACAGGCACGCGGUCGCCGUGCUCACCUCCCCGCCUGGAGAGGACAAACGCCUUAAGGAUCAGUCCGGGAAAGGUCCCAGAGCUGCUGAGCCGAGUGGGCAUCAUCAGGGUCCUGAGCAGCGCCGCUGACCCCCAGAUCCCCGAGGAGAAAGGAGAGGGACACGACUUCCAACCCUGCAGCCACGCUCAGCCCACAUGGUGUGACCUGUGUGGAGAAUUCAUCUGGGGCCUUUACAAGCAGAGCCUGCAGUGUGUCAACUGCAAAUUCACAUGCCACUACCGCUGCCGCGCCCUGAUUCAGCUGGACUGCAGCUCGGAGCACAGCAGCGCGGCGGAUUACAUUGGAGUGGUGGAGCACGCCAUUGAGACAGACACAAAUGUGGACGAGCAAACCGAAUGGGGAAAGCAGGAGUUGACGAGUGCUGAAAUCCAACAGAAAGUGAAGGAGUACAACGCUCAGAUCAACAGCAAUCUGUUCAUGAAUAUGAACAAGGAUGGGUCCUACACUGGCUUCAUAAAGGUGCAGUUCAAACUGGCGAGACCCGUAUCCGUUCCAGCUCCAAAGAAAGGAAGCCAAGAGGCUGGAGGGAGGAGGGCCAGUGGUGUGAAACGCCGUACCUCCUUCUACCUUCCAAAGGACGCCUCCAAAUAUCUGCACAUAAGCUCACGCACCUCUGCCCGGGAGGUUAUCGAGGCUUUGCUGAAAAAGUUUACAGUCGUGGACAAUCCUGGCAAGUUUGCCCUGUUUGAGCGCAGCGAGCGUCAUGAUCAAGUUUAUAUCCGUAAGCUGUCUGAUGAGGAGCGCCCGCUGCGUUUGCGUCUGUGUUCUGGGCCCAGUGAGAAAGUCCUCAGCUUUGUGCUUAAGGAGAACGAAACUGGUGAAGUCAAUUGGCAUGCCUUCUCCAUGCCAGAGCUGAAGAACUUUCUGCUCAUCCUGCAGCGUGAAGAGGAGGAGCACGUCAAGCAGAUCAUCCAGAGAUAUGCUCUAGCCCGCGCCAAGAUGCGUGAAGCUCUCGCUGGCUCUACUCCGGGCUGAUUCUAACUUAAGCGUGGCGGUCAACGUGCGCAUCUUGGCUGGGCUAACCAGCCGUUGCUGCAUGUCACGAUCCCAGAAAAAUGAAUCGUAAGAAAACGCCUCUUCGACGAGCGAGAGAGUGAUCGGGCCCGAGACAGUGAGAAAGCGCUAGCGCGAAUGUGCGUGUGAAGUGGUGCGAUAAAUGAGGAGUGCCGUACACCUGGAGAGUCUGAUGUGCCUGAGAGAAUGAGUUGAGUGGACCGGAGGCUAUGACAUGACGGUCGUAUCCAGCUCUGUCUUUACAAGCGGAUGCAUUGUGAUUAUCCUUUAGCUCAGCUGUUUACCACACUUAAAAGAUUUGAGGGUUAAGUGGAUUUUGAUAUCAAACAUUCACACAAACAUCUUAUUUCCAUACAUCAAUGCAGUAAGUAUUGGUGUUGAUUAUAGGUAAUUUUUCUAAGUUAUACAAUCAAUUAAAUCUAACAUUCCUCCCCUUUGCAAACAGGUUUUUAACAGCCUUUUUGUUAUAAUUUUUUUUCCUAAAAUCCCAUAGAUAUUUAUUGCUGAGAGGAAUCAGGAUUUUCACUUGACCAAAGCUCAUACGUCUGCCGAGUCCACUUUACACCCCCGAUGGGUGCAACUCUUUAUUUUCACUUCGUGGGUAUGACUGUAUGGACAUUUGUAUGCAAUUAUGAAUGUCAGAGUGGUGGAGAAAAAGAAGCUGUUGACUGGAAACCUAAAUGAGUAAUGCAAUAAUUGUUUCACUGGACUUUGCUUAUCAUUCCUGUUCUUGUUUUUCUUCAUCUGCUUUAACCAAAUGUUUCUGUUUUUACUAUCCCUGAAUUCAAUGCACAAAUAAAACUAAAGUAAUACUCUUAAA